GAUCCUCAGUUUGUGAGUGGAAGAGAAACACACCAAGACCAGCUUGUGACAAAAACAGGGCUGCUGAGGGAUGUGGACAAGGCAGCAGGAGAGAAGGGACAUUCAUCUGUAAGUACUGGACAAGAGGCUCUGACUUCAGUGGGACAGGAAACACAGCAGGGGCAGGACAAGACAGGAGGACAAGUGAAAGCUGACAGGAGCAAGGGUGAAGGAGACAAGACAGUGAAACCAGUGGUUGUAGACCAGUCUAUGGCGACCACUGAUCCAGGCAAGAGAGAAGGAAAGAAAAACAACAAAGCUUCAAACGACAAUCAGGAAGUGAAUCAUCCAAAGAAAGAGAGAGCAAAGAACAAGACUGAGCAGGAGGAAGUGAAAAAAGUAGGUUUUGUACUGACCCAGCAGAAGAAGCAACAGGAGGAGCAGAUAAAACAGGUGGAGGCAGGAAGACAGAGGAUGGAGAAGGAGAGCAAGCUUCAGUCAGAGACACAAGGCAAAACAGAGAGAGGGCAAGAUGAGAAAGAGCCUGAAGCACAGAGAGAAAACAGUAACCGACAUCUUUUAGAAGACAGAAAACAAGAAGGGAAAAACUCAGAGCGUAGAGAUAAAAAAGAAAAAGUUCAGAGAAAUGUUAGUGGAGGAAAAGAAAGGAAGGCUGAGAACCAGAAGGAAACCAGUGAGAAACUAAAGGAGACGGAGGAAGAGGAGAAGGUGGAGAAUAAGAGUCAGAAGCUGAGACCAAUCAAGAAAAAGAAAGACAAGACAGAGUCCGAACCACAAAGAGGAGACGCCAACCAACAUGUUUUAGAAGCCAGUAAACAAAAGGCAGGAGCUGAGGACAAGAAAGGAGAAUGUCAGGAGGGAAACCAGAGUCACAUUAAUGUAGGGACAGCAGAGAAACAGAGCAGACAGACAGAGACGCUUCCACCAGUCAACAGGGAAGCUACAGCGAGGACAGACCUCAGAACACCUGAAGGCCCAGCAAAGACACAGAAGCAAGACGUCCGAGAAGAAAACAAGCUUCAGACAGAGAGAGAACAGGAAGAACCAUCUCAGAGAAGUGAAAGCAGCCGGCAGCCGGCAGAGUGUCAGGACGGAGCCCAGGGAGGGACGCUGGACACGAACACAGGAGUCAGCGCUGAUGGAAGUCAGAGGGAGGUCGAGAAGAGAGCAGGACCACAGCUGGGGCGAGGACAGCUGCAGGCAGAGACACAGCUGGAACGAGGAGGACAGCUGCAGGCAGAGACACAGCUGGAACGAGGAGGACAGCUGCAGGCAGAGACACAGCUGGACAUGAACCCUGUGAAGGCUGAUGGAGAAACCACAGAGCAGCCAGAGCAACGUGUCAGACUGACAGACAGAGGAGCUGAGAGGCUGAGGGACCUGCAGGGGGCAACAGUGGGCACCGACAGCAAACAGGAUGCUAAUGAAACACAGAGAAAAGUCAGCAGGCUAAGAAAACAACGUAAACAUGGGAAAGAGCUGAAUGUUGAUCAGCAGCAGACGGUCAGGAAGAGGAAACAGCAGGAUAGAGAAAGUGACAGUGAGAUGGAGGUUGAUGGAGGAGCUGACAUGGAAGAACAUGAAGUAUCUGUGCUUCAAAAAAGGAUGAGGAUGCAACAGGAAGCACAAAAUGAGAAUCAGAUGGAGGUUGACAUAGCUGAGCCUCAAAGUAGAGAGGGGACAUCACAGCAGGACCAGACAGUUUUGUGUCAAGAAGACCAACAGGAGCUGAUUGAGACUAGUUAAACAGUUUGUAUUAAGUUAGUCACAGAAAAACAAUGAGGAGUCAUUUACAAAGUUGACAUUUGGCAGCUGUUUGCAGUGAAUGAGUGAACACUGGGCAGCUCUUUCCUCCUAAACCUGGUCUGUUGUGACAGACAGUAUGUUGAUCAUUUCUCUCCAGGUCUGGUUAUAAAAUAUCAGACCUGAGACUCACUGGUCUGACCUUUACCCUCGGCCACUGGUUUGCUUUCCUCUGGUUUUUUAGUUCAUACAAUAAGGUUUAUUGAGCUAUCAGUUCAAAUGCAUCAGCCUGAAAACAGCAGACACACACCACAUUCAGUCUGCCAGCUGCAUGUAGCACAUACAGCUGUGCUGAAGGUUUUCUGGGAGCGUGAGGCUUCACUGAGCAGACAUGCCUCUGCAGCAAAGCUCAUCCACAGUGUGUUUAGUCAUGCAGGGCCUCGUCAGUCGGUCCAGGCUGAAACGUGUCGCUACCCUCUAGAGACCAGAGGAAGAACCCUCCUGGCUGUGGUGAUCCUUUGGGAUGGAGUUCAUCAGCAGAUAAUACCCCUGUGUGCAGCGGUAUGCUCAUACAAACACCAGGCUGCAAGAUAACUGCAGAGAAAUCCAUGAGGAGUAGGACUUCCUCUGCACGCGAGGGACAUCUCGAUCAGCUGCAUUAAUUAUUAGUUGUACAUCAGUACAAACCUGGGAGCAGCAUGUUUGGUAGCGUCCCAGGCUCAGUCAUUAGACGAUGGAUUGCUAUGAAAACUAGUGCAGACAUUCGAUGGCGUGCAGUGACUUUGGUGAUUGACUUUUUGUCAGCCCUCAUUCCCAUCGCUGUUCUUUUAUCAAGGUUUAACAUGUAAAGAAAGGUGUGACUGUGUCGACCCCCAGAUGUCCCUGGAUGAGCGGCGCACUGUAAAGCCCUGUGGAUGAAUGAGCUCUGUGCUGCUGGGUAAUGACUCCAGACGUCAUUCACAGCUGGUUUCCCAGUAGAGGUUUACCACUGGUAAGACAGAGCACAUCGCCCCGUGUAGGCUUCCCUCUGCUGGCUUCCCUCCGCCGGCUACCCGUGUCCUGUAGGAUACCAUUUAAAAGUCUCUCGAUGAUUUUCAGAGCUCUGAGCGGUUUAGCCACCUGCUGAGACAAAACCCUAUGGAGGAAUCAAAGCCUGAAAUGUAAAUGUGUAAACUGCAACUUCACUGUUGAAAACUGUUUUAUGUUGCUACGGUUUAAAUCUGUUUUUAUAUUGUUUUUUUUCCUUCAGGAGAAUUUUCACAGAGCCCUGCUUGUAUCUGACAGAAAGCACGACGGCCGGCAGUGUGAGGUCAGGUGGUGUGUUGGCGCUGCAAGCUGGUACACGUUUGGAUAAAUAAAGCUCAGAUCAGUGUUUACAGAGCUACACUUGUUCCUUUAGACAUUAGAUUAGCAGUAGAUCUGUGAACACGUCCUUGUUUGCUGCUUUUAACCACGACUUAGGGCCCCUGGCUCAUCAUCUGAAGAUGACUAACAAACCUAAGGGUAAUGCUUGACAGUGACCUAAGAUUCGACAAGCUGAUCAACUCAGUCGUACAGUCUAGUUUCUUUCACCUGAGGUUGCUAAGUAAAGUCAAGUCAGUUCUUUCUUUUAAUGACUUUGAGAUUGUAAUUCCUGCUUUCAUAACCUCUAGGCUUGACUAUUGUAACGCAUUAUACCUUGGUGUUAAUCAGUCGUCUCUCACUCGUCUUCAAAUGGUCCAAAAUGCCGCUACUCGUCUUUUAACAGGUACCAGGAAAUUCAAACAUAUAACCCUGGUACUGGCCUCUCUUCACUGGCUUCUAGUCCGUUUUAGAAUUCAUUUUAAGCUAUUGAAUUUUGUUUU